UCUGUGUCCCGCGUAGGUACAGGUUUAAGCAGUGUGUCGGUGUCCUCUCUCUCUCCUCUCUCUCUCUCUCUCUCUCUCUCUCUCUGUGAUCUUUGCUUGUUCUUUCUCUCAUCUUCAGAUCUUCGCCACGCCGAAUCUUCUGGUUACUAUCCGAAAUCUCGGAAACUCUAGAUCUCUUCGCCGCCGAAUGCACCUCCAUUGAACUCGGAAUCUCUCUCUCUCUCACUCACUUCGCCGGAGAAAAUGGGCGAGAAAUCGCAGUCGAGAGGAUGGUGCGGGUGGUUCAUCGCUUUGGUCGUGUUGGCCGUUGUUGUUGUGGCCGUCGUCUUCACGAUCAGGGCGAAGACAGGGCACUCCGACGACGGCGGAGAUGGUCCGGUGCCGGGACCUCCCGGCGCCAUUGAUAAGAAGUACUCAGAUGCUCUCAAGAUCGCAAUGCAGUUCUUCGAUAUCCAGAAAUCUGGUAAACUGGAAAACAAUAAGAUACCUUGGAGAGGAGAUUCGGGUCUUAAGGACGGAAAUGAAGUGAAUCUCGAUCUUUCCAAGGGAUUAUACGAUGCUGGUGACCAUAUGAAGUUUGGUUUCCCGAUGGCUUUCACCGCCACAGUUCUGUCAUGGUCGAUCCUCGAGUAUGGUGAUCAAAUGGAAGCGGUGAACCAGUUGAAACCCGCGAAAGAUUCGCUCAAGUGGAUCACCGAUUUCCUCAUCAAUGCUCACCCUUCUGAGAAUGUGCUCUAUAUCCAGGUGGGUGAUCCGAGUGUAGAUCACAAAUGUUGGGACAGGCCAGAGACCAUGACGGGGAAGAGACCGCUCACAAAGAUCGAUACCGAGACUCCGGGGACAGAGGUUGCUGCAGAAACUGCCGCGGCAAUGGCUUCAGCGUCUUUAGUUUUCAAGGACAAUGACCCGCAAUACUCGAGCACACUUCUGAAGCAUUCAAAGCAGCUGUUCGAUUUCGCAGACAAAUACCAAAGUUCUUACAGCGUCAAUAUACCCGAGGUUCAGACGUUUUACAACUCGACAGGGUACGGCGAUGAACUCUUGUGGGCAGCUAGCUGGUUGUACCACGCGACCGAGGACAAAACUUACCUCGAUUACGUGUCUGAAAAGGGAAAUGAUUUCGGUAACUUUGGUAACCCGACAUGGUUCAGUUGGGACAACAAGCUUGCGGGAACACAGAUACUGUUGUCGAGGUUAAGCUUCUUCAAAAAGGGGUUAUCGGGAAGCAAUGGCCUUAAAGGAUACAAGGAAACAGCCGAGGCUGUCAUGUGUGGGCUUCUGCCCAACUCCCCGACAGCCACAUCCAGUCGAACCCAUGGCGGUCUUAUAUGGGUCAGCGAGUGGAACUCGCUACAACACCCUGUUUCCUCGGCGUUUUUAGCCACUCUUUACAGCGACUACAUGCUCACAUCCCGGAUCGGGAAACUAUCUUGCAGCGGGAAAACCUUCCGAGCUUCGGAUUUGAGAAAAUUCGCCAAAUCGCAGGCUGAUUACAUGUUGGGGAAAAACCCGACGGGGAUGAGCUUCCUCGUGGGUUUCGGGGAGAAAUACCCAAAAAACAUUCACCACAGAGGAGCGUCGAUCCCAGCAGACGCCACAACGGGGUGCAAGGAUGGAUUCAAGUGGCUUACCUCGGAGGAUCCAAACCCGAAUAUAGCGUAUGGGGCACUCGUAGGAGGGCCGUUCUUGAAUGAGACUUUCGUGGAUUCACGGAACAACUCGAUGCAAAACGAGCCGAGCACAUAUAACAGCGCCCUCGUGGUCGGGCUCUUAUCGAGUUUGGUCACUACUUCUUCCGCACUAGAGUCCUUGAAGUGAGGUAGUACUACCCUUAGAAUCACCCCAUGGCUACGUUGUAUGUCUAGGUUUGUAAACCAACGUAACGUUUGUAUUGUUGUUUGUGUAGUUGUGUGAUUUUUGCCGUACACGUUAUGGAAUUACAAAAUGCUUCAUGUCCACAAGAAA